GGAUACCUCUCUUGUGUUGCCGCCUGUGACUCUCACUCUCCUCUGGUUUCGGUAUGGAAGGACUGUCCCUGCUGCUUUCGCUUGAUUGCCUUUUCCUCCCACUAUCCUCUCUGCUUUUCCACCAGCCCCCCACCUUUGAGCAGCCCUCUCCUCUUUUAUGUGAAUACUGGUUUCUCUGUCAGAUUCCCCCUCAGGAAGGUACAUAAUGAGUCAUGUGUAUAGGGAACCCCAAUGUGUACUGUGUCUAAGGGAAACAAUAUGGCAGUUCCCAGAGAAGGAAUGUUCUGUGCGUUCUUUUGAAAAUUGGUCUCCUAAGAUAAUAUUCGGAAGAAAUAUUUCCCUUAAGGAAAAAAAACUGGUUACAAUAUAUUUGAUGUGGGCUGGAAUUCUGGUCUAAUCCUCUUGUCUUACCACCUCUUCCAUCUUCCUUCUGUUAUAAGGGGCCGUGAGUUUGUGGCUUUUUAGGGCUAUUUAGCCUCUUUUAAUUGAUAGGGCAAGUUAAGUUACAAGGCCACAGCUCCGGUUACCCUGUCCUGCCUUUACUUUGUGGUGUCCCAGGCCUUAAAAACAAAAAUAGGCAGUUAGAUUUUGGGACAACUCCACCCUCUAUAUUUUCAAUUUUCUAUGAACUCUAUCUAUGGAUUGUGAACGGAUGACUUUUUAACCCAUAUGGAAUUUUUGGUCAAUUUUUAAUUACUCCUUUUUAACUAGUUAAUUAAUUAACCAAGUCUCAUUUUUUAGCCUAUUUAUUGCACUGCACUUUACUGGUGGAACUUAAUUGCAAUAUUAAUUUACUAAUUCUAUUUGAAUAAUUGCCCCUUACUAAUUAAUUAAUGAAUGAAUGAAUUUAUUGAUUAAGGGGUGGUAUUUGAAUCUAUUGGUGGGUUAAUAUACCCUUUUGAUUUAGCAGUAAUCAAUUAUUUUUUAUCAUCAGUCUUUGUGGCUGAUUGAUUUCACACUAUUUAUUUGCACUAGCACUUUCCUGUUCACUAACUCAUGGCAGUGGGUCACUUGUAUGUAUCCCUGCCCCCGCAGGAUUGGACAGAAAAACUAAUUAGCAUAGCAAUUAAAAGCUCCCUCCUCCCCUUUCACCUUCAGUUCUUUUUCUGUCCCGCGUCAAGGAUUCAGGCUCACCCCAUAGAUUGUUCCAACCAGGUCUCAAGCUCUCUCUCCUUGGUUGAAGCCCUGGGACUAGCGCUGAUUCUAACCGCUGCCCAGGGGCCCCUCCUGCUGUCAGGUGCGACCAGGGGCUAUGGCAGUAUUGGAAAUUAUUUUCUGCCGAGCGCCAUAGCUAUUGGAGAAGGCGCAAGCUAUACAGGACGUGUUGCCAUGGUGAUGCGCAUACAACGUGAUGACGUCAGACGCAUGAGGAAUUUUUUUCAGACCGGCAAACUUGUAGCGUUCCUGUUACAAUCUGAGGCCAUCCGCGCAGUAACUUGCAAUCUGUGUGUUUCCUGCAUUCAGAAUCAACCUGUCAGUUUGUGAGCUAUUUCUGAGCAUUAGUCUGGCAAUAUCGGGCUUAACUAAGGAGGCAAAGGUCGUUAAAAUAUGGAGGGGUGAGUCCAACGAUAACAGAGAGCAGGAUGGAUGUUUAAUUUUCCAGUACAACUUAUCAAAUCUAUUGUAUAUUUUGUAGGCAUUCUGGGGAUCAGGAAGUUGAAAGAGCAACUAGGAAGUCUAAGAUCUGCAGAUCUUGUGAUAAUCCUGCAUUGCAGGGAAGAAGACUCUGUCAGGAAUGUAUUUCGCUUGACUCAGGAAAUAUGACUAAUCAAUUUGAAGAAUUUAUGAAUAAGAUGUCCCAAUCAGUGUCUAAUUCUAUUGAGGUAGCUUUAUCUAGAGCUACUGAUAAGCUUUUAAAAAAGCCAAGGGUUCAGGAGGAAGCUGGCAUCUCAUCAGCGGAUUCUGAUUUGGAUCAGACGGUGCAAAUUUCAGAAGGUGAAUUAGAUGAGACUGAGGAAGAGGAUGAGUCUUCCAGCCAAUCAAACUUUGAUUUGGAAAUUGUGUCACCUCUUUUAGAAGCCAUGUUAAAAGCUUUGGAGCUGGAUGAUCCACAAGAGGAUACCUCCAAGAGGGAUAGACUGGCUAGCCGUUCUUACAAGAAGCAACCAUACUUCCCUAUGCAUAAUAUAUUUAAAUCGGAAUUAGAAAAAGAGUGGAAGACACCAGAUAAAAAAUGUUUCAUCUCCAAACGAUUUAAUAAAAUGUAUCCUUUUCAGGAAGAGGUUAUUAAUAAGUGGGUCACACCUCCUAAGGUGGAUGCUCCUAUAACAAGAAUCGCUCGCAGAACUACGCUACCGGUGGAUGAUGGCGUGUCAUUCCGUGACGUAAUGGAGAAACGGCAGGAGAGCACAUUGAGGAAAGCCUAUUUAGUAGCUGGUGCAGCAUGUAGGCCGGCCAUUGCUAAUAUUUGCCUUGCAAAAGCGUCAAGGAUCUGGUUGAAGAAUAUUGAAGAUGCUUUGUCUCAAAACGUCAGUAGAUCCAGGAUUAAGGAUGCGCUUACUGAGAUAAAGUGGGCUUCAGACUUUAUCAUGGAAGCAGCAACUGAAAACCUAAGGUUGGCAGCAAAAUCAAUGGCACUCUCUGUUUCAACUAGAAGGGCCUUAUGGCUGCGUCAAUGGCAGGCGGAUGCUGCUUCAAAGCACAAUCUUUGUGGGCUGCCAUUUGAAGGUGAAUUAUUGUUCGGUUCCAGUUUGGAGAAAAUUAUUUCUAAGGUGACAGCAGGUAAGAGUCCCUUUUUACCACAAGAUAGAAGGGGUAAAAGAAACCCAUUUCAGAAUACAAGGAUCGAGAGAACUAAUUAUAAAGAGGCUAGGUUUUACAGACCUGGCAGGCCCUACGCAAACUAUCAGGCUUGGAGAUCGGGGCAAUCAAAUCUUUUUCGUGGGUCCAAGAGGCAGACCAGAUUUGGCAGAGGAAGGUAUGCAUGACGCCAGAAGUCUAUCCCAAGAUCCAGUAGGAGGAAGACUUGGGAAAUUUUACAAGGAAUGGGAGACAACCAUCCGAGACAGAUGGGUACUUCAGAUAAUUUCUGUAGGUUACAAAUUGGAAUUCAAACGCAGACAUUUGAAAAGUUUAUUUUUGCAAUCCAGGAUUCCGGGAGAGCCGAGAGCAAGACAAGCUCUUUCAAAGAUCCUGAUGGAUUUAUGGAAACAAGAGGUAAUAAGACCAGUCCCAAAAUCCCAAAGAGGGUUAGGAGUUUAUUCCCCCUUGUUUUUAAUAAAGAAAAAAACAGGAGAAUACAGAGCAAUUUUAGAUCUAAGGGUGCUAAACAGGUCUCUACGAGUCAGAAGGUUCAAGAUGGAAUCUUUGAGAAGUGUUUUGCAGGAAAUAGAUCAGGGAGAUUGGUUGAUCUCCAUCGACAUAAAGGACGCCUAUCUGCAUAUUCCUGUGGCCAGUUCCCAUCCAAAGUUUCUUCGGUUUGUUGUUCUCGGAAAGCAUUUCCAGUAUCAAGCCAUACCGUUUGGUCUAGACACCUCACCGAGAACAUUUACAAAGGUCCUAAUCACUCUGAUAGCAGUUCUAAGGGAAAGAGGCAUACAGGUGUAUGCGUAUUUAGACGAUAUCCUGAUCAAAUCCAGAGAGCAUCAAUUGUUAAUUCACCAAAGAAAUUACGUUCUAAACUUCCUGCAACGCCACGGAUGGAAAGUAAACUUCAGCAAGUCGCAUUUAACACCAGUGCAGCAUCUUCAGUAUUUGGGAGUGCUAAUAGACUCAAUCCAGAUGAGUUUUUCUGACAAAGAAGAGGGCACAAGAUGUCAGAAAAUCAGUACAGGUACUCAGACGGAAAGAAGUCUGUUCGGCGAAGGAGUGCCUCAGUGUAAUAGGCAAGUGCAUAGCAGCAGCCGAGGCCGUGGAAUGGGCGAAUUUUCAUCGUCGCCAAUUACAAUGGGAUUUUCUGAAGCAGUGGUCCAGAGAUCCAUACAACAUGAAGCAGAAGAUUUUUCUGAAGUGGAAGACCAAGGAGAGUUUGAGGUGGUGGUGCCUCUCAGCCAAUCUUCAGAAGGGGAAGCACAUCCUAUCACCACAAUGGCAGACUCUUACUACCGAUGCCAGCAAUCUAGGCUGGGGCGCAGUUAUCAACAAUCAGCCGCUCCAGGGCUGGUGGUCAGAGGAGAUGAGGCAAUGGUCUUCGAAUCAGAAGGAAUUACAAGCAGUUUGGGAAGCUCUUCAAGGCUAUCAACAGAAAAUAAGAGGGUUGUCGGUGAAUGUUCAUUCAGACAAUACCACAGUGGUGAGUUAUCUGAGGAGACAAGGGGGAACCAGAUCAAGGUGCCUGAUGAAGUUAACAGAGAGAAUUUUUCUAUGGGCAGAGGAGAAUUUGUGCCACUUGACAGCAACAUACAUCCCAGGACAAAUGAAUAUCGAAGCAGAUUACCUCAGCAGAUCCAGGAUCCAUCCGGGGGAGUGGUCGCUGGAUUCCCACAUAUUUUAGAGAAAAGAGAUGGGGGACAGUGGAAAUAGACCUGAUGGCUUCCACAUGCAACCGGAAAACUCACAGAUUUUUUUCCAGGAGCUGGGAACACCAAGCAGAGGGGAGAGAUGCUUUUUCCAUACCAUGGAGGUUCCAUCUAGCCUACCUGUUCCCUCCAUUUCCUCUCAUUCCAAAGACAUUAAGGAAGGUGAGACAAGAUUAUGCUCGAGUAAUUCUAAUAGCUCCAUGGUGGCCCAGGAGGCUUUGGUUUGCCCAGCUUCAGAACAUGGCGAUAGACUACCCUUGGAAAUUACCACUAAUCCCUCAGCUGUUGUCUCAGGGUCCAAUCUGGCAUCCAAAUCUUCACAGUCUAAGAUUGACGGCAUGGCUACUGAAAGGAGGAAGUUAGAGGAAUCAGGACUAUCUGAAGCAGUAGUGGAUACUUUACUACAGUCCAGAAAGGCUUCAACUUCUAGCAAAUAUUACAGAGUUUGGAGCAUAUACAGAGACUGGUGUAAGCAAAGAAAGAUUGACCCGUCUAUAUAUUCUACAGUUCAUGUAGUAGAAUUUCUUCAAUCAGGUUUAGAAAAGGGUUUGGCCACAAAUACGCUAAAAUCUCAGAUUUCAGCCUUAUCAGCUUUUUGGAAUAAAUCAUUGGCUGCAGAACAAAUCAUAGCAAGAUUCAUUCAGGCGGCAAACCAUAUAAAUCCUCCAAUAAGAUCGAGAGUACCUCCAUGGGACCUGUCUGCUGUGUUGCAAGCUUUAAUGGAUGAUCCUUUUGAGCCAUUACAGUUGGUACCACUCAAGAAUGUAACUCUUAAAGUAGUUUUUCUGGUCGCCAUAACGUCGGCCAGAAGAGUGAGCGAAUUGCAUGCGCUAUCAGUGGCAAGGGAAUGCCUUAUUUUUCAUAAAGACAGGAUAGUCUUGAGAACUAAUUCAAAAUUUGUGCCAAAGGUAUCCUCUUCUUUUCAUUGUAAUCAAGAGAUUGUGUUACCAGUCUUCUACAAGGAUCCGUCUAAUGAAUUAGAAGAAAAAUUGCACCGGCUCGAUGUAGCCAGAGCGUUGUCGAUAUAUAUUCAAAGAGUCGAAGACUUCAGGAAGUCAGAUUCAUUAUUCCUGAUCCCAGAUGGCCCUAAAAGAGGUGCUCCUGCCUCUAAGUCUACUUUGGCAAGAUACAUUACCUCCUGUAUCAAAGAGGCCUAUAAGGCCCUAAAGAUGCCAGAGCCAGCAUUAAUCAAAGCUCAUUCCACCAGAGCAGUUGCAACGUCAUGGGCAUUCCAGUCUUCAGUGAGUUCUGAAGAGGUCUGCAGAGCAGCAGUUUGGUCGUCAAUGCAGACAUUCAUUAGACAUUACCAGUUGGAUGUAAUGUCAGCUACAGAAGCUAAUUUUGGUCGUUCUGUGUUGCAAACAGUUUCUUUUCUUUAAUAAAUAUAUUAUUUCAGCA